ACAACUGUCAAACCGUCCGCCAUUAUCCAAAGUCGAUUGCUCACAUCGCUCCGUUUCGUUCCGCUGGUGCGCAAAAUUCCGCUGUUUUUCGCAAAAAAACACUUCUUUUCUAGGAAACUUUACGCUUCCUGUGCUUCUUAGACGACCGUCCGUUUCGGCGACGUGAAACAAGGAAGAAUCGCUACCUGCAGCCAGCAACCGCCCGUGCCCGGAAGUUUCGAGAGUGUUCACACCAAGAAGAAGACUCGUUCGUCCAGCGGAAUGUCGUCGGAAGCGGGCGAGGUGAAGCUGUCCCACCGCACCCGGAAGCGCGUCCGAGAGGUGAAGCGCAAGGCGCGGCCAGAGUUGGCCGACAAGGUCGCGUGGAUGCAGCUGGAGUACUACAGAAAGUUUGACAAAUUCCGGGAGUUUGAGGACAACGUGGAGCGCAUUCACGUGGACGAGGUCAGUCCGGAGCAGUUUAUCGAGCGGUACGAGAGCAUUUACAAGCCCGUGGUCAUCGAGGGCGUGCAGAACGGGUGGAAGGCGCUGGAGAAGUGGACGACGGGGCGGUUGGCCAAAAAGUACCGCAAUCAAAAGUUCAAGUGUGGCGAGGAUAACGACGGGUACAGCGUCAAGAUGAAGAUGAAGUACUACAUCGAGUACAUGCGGAGUACGACCGACGACAGUCCGCUGUACAUCUUCGACAGCAGCUUCGGCGAGCAUCACCGGCGGAAAAAGCUGCUCGAGGAUUACGACAUUCCGGUGUACUUCCGGGACGAUCUGUUCAAACACGCCGGCGAGGAGCGUCGACCGCCGUACCGUUGGUUCGUGAUGGGGCCGGGCCGGUCCGGCACCGGAAUCCACAUCGAUCCGCUCGGCACGAGUGCGUGGAAUGCCCUCGUCAAGGGCCACAAGCGCUGGUGUCUGUUCCCCACCCACACUCCAAAAGAGCUGCUCAAGGUAACCGGCGCCAUCGGCGGGAAGCAGCGGGACGAAGCGAUCACCUGGUUCAACCUGAUUUACCCCAAGACGAAGCAGCUGGACUGGCCCGCGGACUGCAAACCGCUGGAGAUUCUGCAGAAGCCGGGCGAGACGGUGUUCGUGCCGGGAGGGUGGUGGCACGUGGUGCUCAACCUGGACGACACCGUCGCCGUGACGCAGAACUUUUGCAGCAAGACCAACUUCCCCGUGGUGUGGCACAAAACGGUGCGCGGCAGGCCGAAACUUUCCAAGAAGUGGUUCAAGGUGCUACAGGAACUGGAACCGGAGCUGGCCCGCGAGGCGGCCAAGAUCGACGUCGGCCAGAGCACGGGCGUCGCCUCGGACAGCUCGAGCAACUCCAGCUCGUCGUCUUCCAGCUCGAGCAGCGACGAGAGCGACAGCGACUCCAACACGGACAGCGGCCAGGAGUCGCUGUCGGCGCGCAAGACGAAAAAGCGCCGGAAAACCGGCAUGAUGGCCUGAUUGUUGCUGUAGGCGGAAGAAAGGGGGAUUUCUUUUGACGAUUAAUCAUUUUUCCCUUUGACACUUUGUUAUAUUUUUCCCAGAAAAAAAAAACAGUAAUGAUUUUAAAUUUUUGCUACGUUAGUUUAAACAUGAAGAAACAAUUCAGAAACAGCCAAGUAUUAAAGAAUAACACUGAAAGAAAGAGAGAGAAUUUGUAGAAUGGUAGUAAUUUAUUUUACGACUUGUAACUAUUAGUUAGAAGGACGAUGUGAACACAAGGGUCUAGCAGAAUUGAACUCUAUAGGAAAGAAUUAUCAAUUAGUGACCUAACCAUGUGUAAUAACCAUGUUAUCACCAAUUUAUCACAAUCAUAAACGUAAUAUAAUAUAAACAAACCAACCAACAAACUGAAAACAAAACAAGAAAAAAAAGAAGCAAACUAUUACGAUGGUAUCGUGCCUUGGGUUAACAACAUCAAAACAUAACAAACAACAGCGCCUCAAAAACACGUAAACGUAACGACACUGCUCAGCGUUCGGAUUGUGGAACCAGAUCGAGGCGAAAGAAGUGGGACUUUUGGGUGAAGAACGUUAAAACCAAGUCAGCCAAAAUUCGGUGGUAAUAAUGUAGGUAAACAAUAAACGUCUUUCGAGGUGAACAGUAAAAAUACGGUAA